AUGUCUCUCCCGCCGGAUCUGAAGGUCUUAUGCCGCAAGUUAACAUCGACACCACCGGCUCAACUUCCUCACUCAAUCCCGGCCCUCAUUAACCACGUCCUCCGCUGCAAAGAUGUCUUGUCUGCGCCUCAUGAUCCCAAAGCUACAUUCAACUCGUCCGAAGUCUCAAGCUUGGUUCAUAAGCUGAGGACGAUCAUCACAACCUUGCUGAAUGGCAAGAGUGCCACUGGCCGCUUCACCGGCGCAACUCUCGUCAAGGCCGUCGUCGAUGUAGGCGGCUGGGAGUGUCUCAAGGAGUCCGGCAACUGGGUUCGGGGGCUUUUGGGGAUGCUUCAGAAAAACGACCCAUUCCCGGUAAAGGAGAUUGCCAUUGUCACACUCGUGCGCAUAUACAGUCUCAUCCACAGCUACCAAACCCUCACAAGAGAAAUCGCCACACCAACCAUACCGACUUUCUUCAACGCAUGUAUUCAGAUGAUCAAGCUCCCAGGCGCAGGGCAGCGUCUCAAGACGCCGCUCGCCGUCGUUGAGACUGUCCUAGACGCCUUCUCCGCCAUGAUCCCCCUGUACCCAACGACCUGCCGCCCUUUCAACGGCCAGAUUAGGACGGCCAUCAAGCCCUACUUGGCGCCUACCUCCUCCGAUGGAGCAACCGUUCCUCAUUCUCUCCGCCGGGCAAGCAGACAUCUGGCCAUCUCCCUGCCACUGACCACGGCAGGCAAAACGGGACCCAGCGACGACUGGGUCAAGUUGGUCGACGAAUUGCGCAAGGACUUCCACUUUACAGCCGAUCAGGUUUUCCGCGCCGUGCAGGAGUCUUGGGAGGCCUCGGCGCCGUACACCCGCUCCAAGGUCGACUUCGAUACCGUCCCGCAGGGUCUCGAGAUGCCCGACCAGCUACCCAACUGGACAGGCAUCUCUGCUGGCCGUGACAGACUGGUCGGCUUGCUCCAAUACAUGGCCGAUGCCCUCCGCCACUCGACUAAGACGCCCGUUACAAUCCCCGUCGCGGCUCUCAUGGAUAUGGUCUCUCGUGUUUCGCUAAUCAGCCGCAACUCCAAGUCCCAAUCAUGGGACCAAGCGCUCGAGACCCAAGCCGCCGUCGGCAGGGAGGAAAAGGAGGAGCUGUGGGCCGCGGUGCCCGACGUCCACGUCGCCGCUUUGGAUCUGCUUCUGGUCCUUGUGAAGAGGCUGGAGCACAACGCGCUCUCGACCAUUCCAGAGAUACACGACAGCAUGAUACUCGUCUUCCGCUCCGGUAUGAACAUCCCCGUCGUCCGUGCCGCAACGUACAAGCUCCUCAACGAAACCCUCCCCGUCGUCGGCCCUGGUCUGCAAAAGCUCACCGUCGAGACUCUCGGCAUCGUCUCGCUCGCGUGCUGCAGAGACAUCCAGCAAGAGUCGGGCCACAUUCAGAAAGCAAAGCCAGCGGCCAACAAUAAGACGGCGGGCGAAACCAAGAAGAACAACAUCGCUGCCAACGCGGACCUCUUCCUCCCCACGCAAGCUACCACAGACUCCACCACAUCAUCCUCCAGACAAACCCUUGUCGACAAGGACCACCUCGCCGCCGCGGACUCCCUCCUCGCCAGUCUUCUCUCCCACCUGCCCCAGCGACACCUCAAGCCGGGCCUGCGCGGCCUCCUGGACCAGACGGCCAUCCUCUCGCGCAACAAGGCCGCCAUGCUCGCCAGCGUCCUGAACCCCUACACCAAUCAGGGAGGUGCCAUAUUCCCCAGCAUCCUCCCCUACCUCUCGCAGCAGUACCCCCACGAUCAGGGCGUCGAGAUCCUGCGCUCCAACAUCCGCCCUGCCCCCGCCGCGCAAGCCCCUGUGGAUGCGCUCGAGGGCGUCAACAUCACGCUCGAGGAACUGGAGGCCGAGGAGGAGACCAAGGACGCGGGUGAGGAGAUCCUCGCCGAGAUCCAGGUCGCGGGCGACGCGCAGGACGCGGAGAUGAAGGAGGCGGCUGGCGAGGCCACUGCCGGCACCAUCUUCGUCGCAGGUGAUGAAGAUGGCGACAUUAGCAACCCGUACACCAACAAGGCCGCGGGAGCCUCGAUCGAGGUCGCCAACCCUUUCGCCGUCACCUCCGCGCAGAAGCGCAAGCUCGAAGACGAGGGCGCGAGCCCGCCCAAGAGACAGAGCGUCGAGAGGAAGGAGGUCGAGACGACCAUUGUGGCUGCGGCGCCGGAACCCGUUGCCACCAAGCCGGUCGAGGAUGCGGAUGACGACAGCGACGAUGAAAGCGUGCACCUCAACAUGGAUCUUGACGAGGAGGAGGAAGAGGAGACAGACGACGAGUGA